CACGGGACUGCAUGUCACAUGACAACACUUAAAAAAAACAAAACAAAACAAAACAAAUAAACAAACGAAACCAAAUCGGAAGCCGUGCUGUGCGAGCUGGCAAAUUAAACAGUUUAUGUAAGCACAUUUUUUCCCUCAUGCACCACAGCAGGCACAAACAAACCGACUGUAUCAAUGUGGCAAUGAGAGCAAGUCUACACCCGCAGCUGCACUGUGACAGGAAGGACCAGCAGACUACAAACACACUGAACCGACCUCAGAGACAGAGACACAGAGACACAGAGACACAAGCCUGGACAAACCUACAGGACACAAAAGAAGCUGCAAAAAGUCUCGAAGAUGAGUUCCAGAGUGUCAGGUGAUCCAGAGAAGGAGGGAGAGGAAGAUAAUGAGGAGGAGGAGGAGGAGGAGGAGGAAGAAGGAGAAGAGAGCCUCAACCCAACAGAGGUGAAAAUGAGUCAGAUAGUGAUGCCCUGCCACAGCAACCAUCGACAGGAGCUGAGCGUGGGACAACUGCUCAAGUGGAUAGACUCCACUGCCUGCCUUUCUGCUGAGAGGCAUGCUGGGAGUCCCUGCGUCACUGCCUCUAUGGAUGACAUCCACUUUGAACACACCAUCAGUGUGGGUCAGGUGGUGAACAUCAAGGCAAAGGUCAACAGAGCCUUUAACACCAGCAUGGAGGUGGGCAUACAGGUGAGCUGUGAGGACCUGUUCUCUGAUCGUCACUGGAGGGUUUGUCACGCCUUCGCCACCUUUGUUACCCAGCGCACAAACACGGGAAAAAAGGUGAUCCUGAAGCCGAUUGUACCUCACACUGAAAAAGAGCAGGUUGAAUACAGUGUGGCGGCUGAGAGACGGAGGGUCAGGAUGCUUCACGAUGACAUCAUCAAAGAUCUACUCUCCCAUGGGUCGAUCCAGCAGAUCGACAGCUCAGCAGUAGCCAAUGCGGUGGCAGCAGAGAAGACCAAGGUGGAGAGUGUUGAACUAGUUCUACCCCCGCAUGCUAACCAUCAGGUAAAUACAUUUGGAGGUCAGAUCAUGGCCUGGAUGGUGAAUGUAGCUACGAUUGCUGCCAGUCGUCUUUGUCAGGCUCACCCGACUCUGCAGGCCAUCGACAUGUUCACCUUUAGAGGACCUUCUCAGGUUGGUGACAGACUGCUGCUGAAAGCUAUAGUCAACAACGCCUUCAAAAGCAGCAUGGAGGUGGGGGUGCGAGCGGAAGCCUACCAGGAGGAAGGGCCUAACAGACACAUAAACUCUGCAUUCAUGACAUUCGAGGUGCUUGACGACCAGGGGAAGCCAUGUGCGUUACCGUGGAUUCGACCUGAACCCUUGGAAGGGGAGAGAAGGUUUCAAGAGGCCAUAGCAAGGAAGAAGAUCAGAUUGGACAGAAAGUACAUCAUUUCCCACAAGCAGGGUGAGGUCCCUCUGUCUGUACCCUGGGACCCCAGAAACCAGGUGUAUCUGAGCUAUAACAAUGUUUCAGCUCUGAAGAUGUUGGCUGCUAGACAGAACUGGCGCCUCAGCUCUGAGAAAGACAAGGUUCGUCUUUACACCUUGGAGUACAAGUCCAUGUUGAGUUUCAGGGUGGAAUCAGAGGUGGAUGUACCUGCUCACAGAGCUUUUAGUCUGCUGGCUGAGCUGAGCAACAGGACGAGCUGGGACACACAUUAUCAGAAUUGUGAGCUGAUUCACCGGGUGGAUGAUGAUGACUUUCUGUAUCGUGUGGUGACCCCAUCAGUGCGGCAGGGUGGAGUAGGUUCCCCGACUUCAGCCCUUCAGGGAGAAGGGAUUCGCCAGGACUUCAUCUUGUUGGCUUCUAAGAGGAAGCCGUGUGGCAGCGGAGAUCCAUACGUCAUUGCACUGCGUUCAGUGUCCCUGCCCACUCACCCUCCCAUAGAAGGUUAUAAUAGAGGAGAGGUUCUGUGUGCUGGAUUUACCAUACUAGAAACCAAAGACAACAAGUCACUGAUCAGUUACUUCAACCAGGCAUCUCCAGAGGUUCUUCCCUACAUCUCCACAGAUAUUGCUGGCCUCUCCUCCUCUUUCUACCACAGCUUCUGCUCCUGCAGCCAAUACCUGACCAGGAACAGACUGCAGUCUGCCUCUGAGGUGCAAACAGACCAAUACCAGGCCACGAGUACAGACAGUCCCACCUGUGAUAAUGAAGCUGACAAUCUGUCAUCUGCCCUCCACAGCACCAAGCUGUAGACAGUCAGUGGUACUUUAGGGCUGGGCGAUAUGGAGACAAUCAAAUAUCAUAAUAUUUUUGACCAAAAAAAUGAUAUUCAAUGAUAUUGAAGGAUUACCCUUAGGUGCUUUCACAAAAUAUUUAGACAAUGAGAUUUUUGAGAAAAAAUCAUCAGUAAUGUGGAUAUAUAAAUAGAUAUGGCAAACAAUAGAACAGCAACAGCUAGAAUAGUCUGUUUAAGUUAAAAAAAUUACAGCACUUUACUGUGAUGCAGCUUUUAAAACCAGCAUUAAUGAUAUCCACUCUCUAUGACUACAUCUGUUUCAUAUCACAAUAUCAGUAAUAAUGAUAUAUUGCCCAGCCCUACUUUCCAGACCAGUUCACGUCACAAAUUGUAAAGUGAGGUCAAGCUACUGUUUAUACAACGUAGUAUGAUUAACACUGUUGAAGUGUUCACAGGAAAACGAAAGGUGACGUUUACAUUAUUUUUUUGUCAAACUUUGUUUUUAAAAGAAGCAGUGUAUAAAAUUUAAGGGGACUCAGUGGCAUCUAGCAGUGAGGAUAGCAGAGCACAAAAAGCUAAAACCUCUCCUAGUUAGAAUUUAUUUCAGUGUUCGUUGUUUAGGAGGUUUUUACCAGGAGUCUCUUCCUCUCCAAAACAAAUAGACCAGGUAAUUAAAACUGGUAAUAACACUGAAUAUAGCGUUUUCACAUCACAAAUCAGUAUUUUUCCUAUCAUGCUCAACACAUCACAGAAGGGCCGCUAGGCCAGCCCCUGCUACUGUGUGCUCACCUUUUUUCCCCUGAUGACUUAAGAUCUAGAUAUUCAGGAGUUUUUUUUUUUUUUUUUUUUUUUU